AGAUGGCGCUAGGGUUCCGCGUGGUGGAGAGAAGGUGGUACAACGAGAGGAUGUUGGUGGCCACCAUGGCGAGCAGAAGGAGAAGGUUCAGCCCCAUCCCGAUCCCCAUUCUUCUUGCUCCUUCUCCUUCUCCUUCUCCUUCUCCUUCUGAGAGGCAAACAAGCAAACACCUUGAUAUUUCAUUGUGGAAUUGCUUUCUCUCUUGUUAUACGAAGAAUCGGUUUUAUGGUGAAGCUCUUCAUGUUUUUGAUAGGCUUCGUGUCGUGGGAGAGCUUCGACCGGAUAUGUACACUUAUCCGAGUGUUCUGAAGGUGUGUGCUGGGCUGGGGAAUGCUGUUGCUGGUGAAAAGAUCCAUUGUAGUGUUGUGAAAUCUGGAUUCUUGGUUGAUGUAGUUGUUUCUAGCGCUAUAGUUUGUAUGUAUGCGAAAUGCAAGUUGUUUGCAUCGGCGGUACAGUUGUUUGAUGAAAUGCCGCACAGAGAUGUUGCUUGUUGGAACACUGUGAUUUCUUGUUACCAUCAAGAUGGGCAGGCUUUGAAGGCUUUGGAGGUGUUUGAGACUAUGAUGAAUUAUGGUUUUGAACCGGAUUCUGUGACUUUUGCAAUCAUUUUCUCUGCUUGUGCUCGGGUUUUGGAUUUGGAGAGAGGUCAGAGGAUACAUGAAGAGUUGAUUAGGAAAGGAGUUGAGCUGGAUGAGUUCGUUGGCUCAGCAAUUGUGGAUAUGUAUGGGAAAUGUGGCUGCUUGGAUAGAGCUAGAGAAGUUUUUGAGGCGAUUCCGAUGAAGAAUGUAGUGUCUUGGAACACAAUGAUUGGCGGGUACUCGUUGAAAGGAGAUACUCAGUCUUGUUUGCAGCUUUUCUCAAGGAUGAACCGUGAAAGAAUCAGACCCACUUCGACAACCAUAAGCAAUUUGCUGAUAGCUUGCUCCAGGACGUCUGAUUUACGGCACGGGAAGAUCAUUCAUGGGUGUUUGAUACGAAGCUGCAUCAGUUUUGAUGUGUUCAUUGGCAGUACACUCAUUGAUCUCUACUUCAAAUGUGCAAGUGUUCGGUACGCUGAAUCUGUUUUUGCGAUGAUGCCGAGGGAGGAUGUGGUUUCUUGGAAUGUCAUGAUCUCUGGGUAUGUGACGACGGGCUCUUACUUUAAAGCCCUCGAUCUGUUCCAAGAGAUGAGGAUCAACAAUGUGAGACCAGAUGCUGUUACAUUCACCAGUGCUUUAUCAGCUUGCACUCAAUUGUCUGCUCUUGAGCAGGGCAAGGAAAUUCAUCGACAGAUAAAGGUCGAUGAUCUGGAAUCUAAUGAAAUACUAAUGACUACUCUUCUUGACAUGUAUGCAAAAUGCGGUGGUGUUGAAGAAGCACAAAUGGUUUUCGACAAGUUGCAAGUAAAGGACAUUGUGUCAUGGACAUCUAUGGUUGUGGCAUACGGCUCGCACGGUCAAGCCUCUAAAGCUCUAAAUCUUUUCCAAGACAUGCUUAAGGAGCCGAGUAUAAGACCAGAUCGAAUAAUAUUUCUUGCAGUGCUCUCUGCUUGCAACCACGGAGGAUUGGUCGAGGAAGGUUGUCACUACUUUAAACAAAUGACUGAUGCAUAUGCUAUCAAACCUGCCUUAGAACACUACUCAUGCUUGAUCGAUCUUCUUGGUCGAUCAGGAAGGUUAAAAGAAGCAUUUGAUAUGUUUUCAAACAUGCAAGACAUAAAAGCCGAUGCGGGUUUGUUAGGAUCAUUAUUUGCAGCAUGCAGUUUGCACAAGAACUUGGAAUUAGGCGUAAAAUUGGCGGAACAACUGAUUGAGAUAAAUCCUGAUGAUCAUUCAACUUAUGUGGUUUUAGCAAACAUGUAUGCUUCAUCAGGGAGAUGGGACAAAGUUCGGAAAGUGAGAACAGAAAUGAAAGAACGUGGAUUAAGGAAAAAUCCGGGAUGUAGCUGGAUCGAAAUCGAUAAGAAAAUCCAUCAAUUCUUUGCUGAAGAUGAUUCACAUCAACAUACAGAGUUUAUAUAUGAUUGUUUGCAAAGUCUUUCAAAGCACAUGAGGAAGAAAAGAUCCAGUAUGUCUUUGUCUUGAGUUUGUUACAAAUAGUAUCAUAACUUUAUGAAUACAUAUUUUUGGUAUAUUUAACCUUGAAUCAUGGACCCUAUCUUUUGAUGUUGCAAGCCAUGAAGCUCCUCAUCUUUAAGGAACCAUGCUUUUGUUGCCACCUGGCAAAGCCAUAUCUAGACCAAUGCAAUAACAACCAAGCUUCUCUCUGCAUGGCUGCCCAUCACAAAUAUACCUGAUCAACAAGCAAACAUCAAACCAAGAAUAAAAAUAAAAUUUUUGAAAAAAAGAAACUCAAAAAAUCACCCACCAUACUCAAACACCCACAAGUCCUCACUCUUCCCAUCUGCAAAGAAAAUUCAACAACAAUAUUUAGUUUUUCACAAACUAAAUUAAAAACACAUCCUCACUCUCCUCCUCUUCUUCUUCUUCCUCCUCCUCCUUCCAACAAAAAAAA